AUGGCCGCCAUCCGGAAGAAGCUGGUGAUCGUGGGCGAUGGAGCCUGCGGCAAGACUUGCCUGCUCCUCGUCUUCAGCAAGGACCUGUUCCCGGAUGUGUACAUCCCCAUGGUGUUCGAGAACUACGUGGCGGACGUGGAGGUGGACGGGCGGCGGGUGGCGCUGGCGCUGUGGGACACGGCCGGCCAGGAGGACUACGACCGCCUGCGGCCCCUCUCCUACCCGGGCACGGACGUCGUCCUCAUGUGCUUCUCGGCCGACAGCCGCGACAGCCUGGAGAACAUCCAGGAGAAGUGGGCCCCGGAGGUCAAGCACUUCUGCCCCAAGGUGCCCAUCGUCCUGGUGGGGAACAAGAAGGACAUCCGCACCGACAAGCGCGCGCGGCGGGAACUGGCCAGGAUGAAGCAGGAGCCGGUGAGGCCGGAGGAAGGCAGGGAGAUGGCGCACAGGAUUGGCGCUUUUGGGUACGUGGAGUGCUCGGCCAAGACCAAGGACGGCGUGCGGGAGGUUUUCGAGAUGGCCACGAGGGCCGCCCUGCAAGCCAGGCGUGGAAAGAAAAGGUCCGGGUGCCUCCUUUUGUGA